GUUUUGUAGAUUUUUAAUUCUUAAAAUACUAAAUUAACAAAGUCAAUCAACAGUUUGGUCUUUUCGACUCAAAAUAUGAUUUAAAAAAUUGUUAAUCUUAAUUUGAUUAAAAAUAAUUAAAAUUAACGAGCGCUGAUAAUUCGAUUAUUAUUUUUUUUUAAAUGCUUGUUGACAACUUUUCAUGUUUUUGUCAGUUCAGCUUGCUUUGGCAGAUACCCAAUUAGUUUCUUGCAACUGGGAUAGUCAACCAGAAAAUUUCAUUGAGGUGCAGAGAGUGCACACACGCACACACACAUCUUUGCUUCAUUAUAGUCAGUCCAUAGAAAUCUAAUCAUGACUUCGACACAAUGUGUGAAGAUUUUUGUUCAGAGAGAUUAUUGCGAUGGCACUGCUGUCAAGUUUCAAACAAAAUAUCCACAAGAACUGGAAGGAAAGAUCGAUAGAAAUUCCUUUGAAUCGACGAUAAAUGAACUAAACAACAUGUAUGCCGAGGCUGAAGCAUUGAGUGCCAAAACUUACUGUGAGAAUUGUUUGGCCUGCCUGACUGCAUACCUCGUCUUUCUCUGCAUGGACACACACUAUGAAAAAGUUUUAAAGAAAAUAAAUCGCUACAUUCAAGAGCAGAACAACUCGGUGUACAUACCUCGGGGCCUGUUGCUGGUGGACCCCAUAGAGAGGGGGCUCAGAGUUCUGGAAAUAUGUUUGCUGACUGAGAGCUCCACAUAAGAUGCACAAAGAUAAUGCAACAAAAUUCAUUAUGUUAACAGGAUGACGAAUAAGUCUGGCAACUGUGUAAAAAAUCUUCAUCAAAUAACGCAAACAACUGGACUAUUUCUGAUUAUAACAUUAUUAUGAAACUUAUUUUUUAUAUGUUCUGUUCUGAGGACAAAUGAAAAUUUUUUAAAUUUAUUUUU